UCCUUCGCGUUUAAGUAUUAUCACUUAACGUAAACUUCACGAGCGUCUUGCUCGGCAAGGCGACUUUUUUUGGCAGUCCUCUUCUUUAGGAUCGACAGGUCAAGUUAUUUCGGCAGGAAGUCGCAACAUCUGAAUUAACUGCGCUCGCGCAUGAGAUGUCGGAUUUAUUUGUUCGAGGCUGCUUCGUCUUUUUCGUGUCACAUCUGUGCAGCGGCAGUCCAUUCGGCGAAGAUGGUGUCUCGAAAGAUCCGCAACGCCUGAACGUCAUGGAAGGCGAGCAGACGUCACUUUCGUGCCCAAUCGACAUGUUACGCGAACCACUGUCCGCCAUCUGGUUCCACGUCAGCGGCAUUGCGUCUGACAGUUCAACCGCAUUGAUCGGCGCGAAGCAGAAAGAGCCGAAGAAAGUUUACGCCCUGGCAGCGCCUGUCUCUACGCAAAGAGUGCUGGCUGCAAGCGUCAGCCUGGUUGACGGAAGCCACUGGAAGCAGCCCCGGUGGAAGCACCGGGCUUUCUUUUCGCUGCUCAGCGACCCACCGGCAUUGCGUCUCAACCGGCUAGAGAGGACCGACACCGGAAGUUACGUGUGCAACGUCACGUAUCGCGACGACAACGCCACCACCGGCGCAGUCACCGUCACCGAAGCCCACUUCGCACUGUUCGUUGCCGUUCCCCAGGAACCACCUGUCAUCAUGGACUCUAGCGGCGUCAUCUUGAACUCAACGGCGGGACCGUACGCGGAGGGCGAUAUAGUGCGGCUGACCUGUGCUGUGCCCGCUGCUGACCACAAGGUGACGCUAACUUGGCGGCGUGACGGCGAACCACUGGACUCGCCACUCGGUACCGUCUCCACACACGGUGGCCAAAGGAUGGCCGUUCUGACGCUGGGCCCUCUGCGCCGCGAGCACUUGCUUUCGAACAUCAGUUGCCUGGCAACAAGCGACGUCACUAUGCCCGUCGAGAGUUGGGUGCUUAUGGACAUGUAUCUGUCUCCUUCGAAGGUUUCUGUGUGGGGCUGGCCUUACGACGAGAAGACGGCCUCAGGCUGGUUCAUGGUAGCUCCAGCUAUGGCUACGGCUACGUCUUCGAGCAGCCCUACGUCUCAGCUAUCGUCUAGGCCGGUUGAUUCGGCAUAUUCAUAUGACCUGGGGCAUUCUGUUUCGUUAUCAGCGGGAAAUUCGCAUUUGGCACCGGACUUCUACGCCCCUCGUAGCUUCGAAUGCGCGGUGACCGGAAGCCGCCCACACGCCAAUGUCACGUGGUUCCUAGACGGCCGCCCAUUGGACAAGCACCUGAGCGUCACUGGUGUAGACGCCAACGCAACCACAAGUGUGCUUCUCCUGCCAGCUUUAAAGCAUGCAGGAAAGCUGCUCGAGUGUCGUGCAACCAACGACCGUCUGCAGCGAGGCCGUGGCAUCUUAAGUCGCUACCUUCCUGUUAACCUCUCCGAUAAACCGGAAGUUAACCUCAAGCUAGGAGCCGGCCUCAAUGCCAGCCAUAUUACUGAGGGCACCGACGUCUACUUGGAGUGCUCAGUCCUGGCAGCGUCCAAGGUCAGUGAGGUAACCUGGCGCCACCAAGGGCACGAUCUCGCACCGGCUCCUGCUGAGGGCAUGCUUAUGACGUCGCGAUACCUGGUGAUCAGGCGCAUCACUCCGAAUCACGCCGGAAGCUACACGUGCAGUAUCAACAAAGCCGAGGGUGACUACAUCGAAAGCGCACCGUUUCAACUCCGUGUUCAAUACUCUCCUAGAUGUGACCAAGAGACAGAGCAAGCGAUUGAGGUGGAAAGAAACGCCACCGUAAACGUCACCUGCGACGUUCGGGCUAACCCUAACCACGGGCUGCGCUAUUUUUGGCUCAUAGAAAACGCCAGCGAAGUUGCAGAUCGAGCGAAGGAAGAACCACAAAAAUUUGAGAGAAAAGACGUACCAAGACCGCAAGUAACGGACUCGAAUCGCCUGGAAAUCAUCGCCAACGCUUCGCUGUUCAACGCUGUCUUGUCGUGCUGGGCCGAGAACUCGGUGGCAGUGCAGAGAAGGCGAUGCAGCUUCAAGUUUCUGGCUAGAGGUGAAGCUUCAUCGUCCGGAAUCACGUGCGUCAUUGGCAACUACACGGCCACGUCGUUUUCACUGGUCUGCUCUACGCCCAUUGGUGAAGGGAACGACUCAACGUCCCGCCAGCACCGGCGAGUAUCAGUGGAGGUGCUAGACUCCGAGAAGCGCAACCGCUCCGAACGCAGCUACUGGAGCGACGAUUGGAGCGCUCCAAUGUUCGUCACUGGACUACGACCUUCUACAGAUUACUUGGUCGUGGUUCGAAUACCUCCCAAGGCCAUCUUCCGGACUUACGUCCGCACGCUCAGUCCAGCCCAGACGCUCAAAGAACGAGAAGAUGCGAAGACGACUACCCAGCAUGUCCAACGUACUCUGGGCAUCGUGCUGGUCAGCGGUGCCCUGCUGGUCGUUUCUGUGGCAUUUGUCGGCGUCUGUUUCGUGCACGUCUACAAGAAGCGCCGGAAGAGGCCACUGCCAGCGAUACGUCACGACAGUGCGAGCAUCAAACCGGGGAGCAGCGAUUCGAUGUACAUUCGUGACGAGGCGUCGUACGUUGCUACAGCGGAACAAUGUUGACAACAGUGACGUGAAACUUGGAAAACCAGGGUUAAAUUUAUUUUCUGCGGCUCGA